AUGCACCUUAGUCAAGGGACAAACUACAAGGCUGGGAGGUGCCUCUUAUCUGCUAUGCCAGCUGACCUGCCCCAGACCUUCAUCGCUUAUGUUGGAUUCACACAGAUGGAAGCAGCAGGCCAGCUUUAUCCCCCACAUGGCCCAACACACGCCAGGAUGCUGACAUGGGGUGGUGUGCAGCCCGCCAGACCUUCCAAAGUAGUGGGCCGUCUUUCUACACCCAGUGGUCCUCCUCCACCAGGGUUUUGUCCCCCAGGCCUACCCUCAGGAGUUAAGACAUCCUCAGUUACAGUUACAAGAGCCAGGGUCCCAACCCAACUGGCACAUGCAAAAAUAGAGCCAUGA